GCGUGGCAGGAGGAAGUGGUAUCAAACCAGGAAGUAGGAGCUGCAGGAGGGUUACUGUGCCUAAGACUUCGGUUUCCAGUUUCUCCAAUCUUCUGCCCCCAGAUUUGCAGAGAAGCCUAAUCGAAACGUUUUCUUAAAGGUGAUCCCUCUGGUGCCCUGAUUUCUGCCUCCUGCCAUGGGGCACGCGGGGGGUAGAUGGCAGGAAGCCUCGGAUGAUUCUGAGGAGGAAGAUGAAGGUGUGGCUCUGUCUGCAGAGUCCGAAGCCACCCUGGAUGCCUGCAGCCAGCUGAGAAACAAUGCAGGCUUCUGGCUGCUUGGUCUCUGCAACAAUUUUGCUUAUGUAGUGAUGUUGAGUGCAGCCCAUGACAUCCUCAGCCAUCAGAAGGUGCCAGAGCAUAAUGGGACUGGACCGAUUCCCCCCAGUGCUUCUCCAGAGAAUACCACCACUAAUACUUCUCGGUAUGAUUGCAACACCAUUUCAACUGGGGCAGUACUGCUGGCAGACAUUUUGCCAACUCUCUUCAUCAAGUUCAGUGCUCCUUUUUGCAUCCACUUGUUUCCAUAUGGCUUGCGUGUUGCCAUUUGUGUCACCUCAGCUUGGGGCAGCUUUUUACUAGUGGCCUUCUCCACCAGCACAACACAAAGCCUCCUGGGUGUUGUGCUUGCCAGUAUAUCAUCUGGUCUUGGUGAAAUAACAUUCCUUGCACUCACAUCAUUUUUCAACAGUGCUGUGGUGUCUGCCUGGUCAUCUGGAACAGGUGGGGCUGGCUUGAUUGGGGCCCUUUCCUACCUCGGGUUGACACAGGCAGGCCUGACUCCGCAGGAUACUCUCCUCUUUAUGACCAUUGUUCCUGUUAUCAUGCUGGCCAGCUAUUGCUUCCUGCUGGCUCCCCCUCCCCAAGCCCCUCGCUGUGGUUGGGGAGUCUGCAAGCCAAAAUCACCACGUGCCCCUUCUGUGAUUCAACAGCCUCUUCUCGGCGACAGGUUGACACUCCCUCAAAUGACACAAAAACCUCAGCUCACCUUGCAGGAAAAAGAACAGGUGGCCAAGGGUCUUUUGAAAUACCUCAUCCCUUUGUCCGUGGUGUAUUUUGCCGAAUACUUCAUUAACCAGGGUCUGUUUGAACUGUUGUAUUUUCAAAACACAACUUUAAAUCAUCCCGAACAAUAUCGCUGGUAUCAGAUGCUCUAUCAGGCAGGGGUUUUUAUUUCCCGUUCCUCUGCCAGCUGUAUACGGAUCCGAAAGAUAUGGCUUCUGGCUAUAUUGCAGUGCCUGAAUAUGGUGUUUCUCCUGUUUGCCGUGACCUACAUGUUUUUACCCAGUAUCUAUGUGGUUUUCGUGCUGAUAUUGUAUGAGGGAUUGCUGGGAGGAGCUGGCUAUGUGAACACUUUCCAUUGUGUCAGUGAAGAGAGCAAACCGGAACAUCGAGAAUUUGCCAUGGGAGUAGCUUGCAUAGCUGAUACUUUGGGCAUCUCACUCUCAGGAGCCAUUGCCAUCCCUGUCCACAACUAUUUCUGUCACCUGCCUUGAAGUCUGUUUUCCAGAGGGAUCAACAGUUGUCUUGGCAUACUACACCUUUGCUCUUCAGUAGGCUGAUACCCAUUUGUACGGAGGGGAAACUCCUGGGUGUUAUUAGUAUUGGCUGACCUCCAAGCACAAGAAAAAAGGAGUAUCAGAAGCUGCUAGGGAUUUAUUCUCUUGGCUUAAUUUCCUGAACAUUCUGAUUUGGGAAAUUAGAUGGUUUUAAUAAGCCCAGCUGAGAUUGUGUUCUUUCCUCUUCACAUUGCAUAGGUUUUAGCAGGGUUAAAGGGUGAAAACACACUUGCUGUUGGAUGGAAUCAUGUUAUAGAGUUCUCAAAGGUAUUAUACUUUUAAUGGAGAACAAAGUGAAGUGGAAACAUUUCAAAAGAUGCCUCUCUACAUAACUGGAUUCAAAGGGAGGGAAAAGAGAUGCUAUGUUUUAUUCAUAAGUGAGUAUGUUAGAAAUCAGAUGCUCAUGGAAAAGAUAAUAUUGUAUGAUCUGCUUCUUUCUGAAGUUAAUCAGUAAGCCAGGCCUUGGAAAACUGUUAGUGUUGCUAAAUGAUUAUCCUAUAUCAGAGUACGAUAAAAGUUGGUAAAUUGACAUUUGUGGACUUCUGUGAUUAUUUGAAAUGACUGAGACAAAAAUUGGAAAUAGAGAUUGGAAUUAUAGGCAGAAGUUACAAGAGAGAAAAUGCCAGCUAAAUAGUAAAUAAAACUAUUCUCCAACUGGU